AGACUAGCAGUACAGUACCUACCGAUCAAAUUGUUUUGAUAAGUGAGAGUGAACAGAAAUUUUCUUCACGUUUCUGAGCUAUGCAUCAGCGUCAUGUCCAUGCUCGGAUGAAAGUCACUGCCAGCCAAUAGCGUCACCGCCAAAACAAGAGAUCUUUGCCUUCUCCACUGAACCAAACAACUGGCGUCAAUACGAUUGGUCGAAAGUGACUACUGUUGCCCUAUUCCGCAAUCCAAACGACCCAGAACUGAUGUGCUACGCUCACUCUAAAGGAGCACGAGUCGUUUUACGGGGACUCUUUUCUGUGGCCAAAUUGACAAACAAAACAGAACGAGACUUGUGGUUGAAAACUCAAGUAGAAAUGGCCAAGGAGUAUCACAUGGACGGCAUUAAUAUUGAUAUCGAGGACCCUAUCAGUGACUCUGACUCUGCCCUACGAGACGAUCUGACGCAGUUGGUUUUCGACACCAAAGUGGCUUUCGCUGGUGCGAUACCCGGAUCGCAGGUCUCCUUCGAUAUUGCCUGGUCACCAGACUGUGCCGACGGUCGCUGCUAUGACACAGUGGGACUGGCCAAUGUUGUGGAUUUUUUAGUUGUUAUGUCGUACGAUGAGAGAAGUCAGAUACGCGGAGCUUGCAUCGCAAGUGCGAACUCUCCUCUACCUCAGACGGUGGAAGGCAUCGAGAUGUUUAGAAAGUAUGGUAUCCCGGAUAGUAAACUUGUAUUAGGGCAACCCUGGUAUGGAUACAACUAUCCGUGUAUCAGUAUGUCAGAUGGUAAUAUUUGCCAUCUCGAAGAAGUGCCAUUUCGAGGAGUUAAUUGCAGCGAUGCUGCUGGAAGCGAGGAAAACUAUAGCGAUAUACAGAAACUUUUAAUAAACUCAACAAGUGGAAGAAUCUGGAAUGCAACGUUGUGUGCUCCGUUCUUUGACUACGUUGCUUCGGAUGGCAGACGACAUCAAGUGUGGUAUGAUGACCCACAGAGUAUUGGGAUGAAGUGUGAUUAUGUGGUGGCGAAUGGCUUGAGAGGCAUCGCAAUGUGGACGUCGGACUCAUUGGAUUACAGUAAUACGCCUGAUGCUCGUGCACAGACAAAGGCCAUGUGGGAUGCACUGCCUACGUGGUGACAUUGAAUGCAUGCAUAACUGCAGUAGUGAUCUAUUGACCGACAGCUAGAAUAUGCUCAGCAGUAUAAGUACAAGACCUGUCAUUGUUACCUACUACUUAUCUCGUCUCUUGCCUUUUCUACGGUAUCAUUUGUAUUGUUCUGCUAGUGACCAGCUAGACUCUUGAGCCUAACAGGGACUAUGCUGCACAAUA